AGUUUUCCGAAUCAUGGAUGAUGAUCGUAGUAAAACAUUGAAUAUGGAGGAAUUCAAGAAAGGUAUCCAUGAUUAUGGCUUGCAACUAACAGAGGGAGAAAUUAAUGAAGUCUUUAGAAGAUUUGAUAAAGAUGGAAAUGGAACAAUUGAUUUUAAUGAGUUUCUGUUGACCAUUCGUCCAGCUAUGUCACAGUCUAGAAUAGAUAUCAUUGACAAGGCAUUCUGUAAAAUGGAUAAAACAGGAGAUGGUGUCAUUACUGUCGAUGAUCUGAAAGGUGUUUAUGAUGUCAGUAAACACCCAAAAUAUAUCAAUGGUGAAUGGUCUAGAGACCAGGUGUUUGCUAUAUUUCUCAAUAACUUUGACUCUCCAAAUGAGAAAGAUGGCAAGGUGACAAAAGAGGAAUUUCAAAAUUACUACAGCGGUGUUAGCGCUUCCAUUGAUGAGGAUAGUUACUUCAUACUGAUGAUGAGAACUGCUUGGAAGCUGUAACUUUGUGCAUUCUAUGAAUACCUAAAGUCACUAUUGUAGUGUCUACCAAGACAGACGAAUUUUUAUGGCGAAGAACUCUCUGAGUUUGUGAUUUUAUUAAAAAACCUGAAAUAUUAUAUUAGUUUUAUUAUUAUAUCGUAGUAUUGCCUACUUCCAAAGACCUAGUCAGAACAUUUUUUUGUCAACCAAUUCAUUUAAUAAACAUUUUCACCAACAGUUUCUAUGGUAACAUAGUGACUAGGUAGAUAUUUUGGAAACUCAACAUACUGUGAAAAUAAUCAUUGUUUCAGUGAUUUUUGUAAAAACUGAAAUUUAUUCACAAGGAAUAAUUAAUUAAUUAGUCAGUCAGUUCAGUGUUGUCCGGUACAACAACACUUUUUCUUGUUUACUUGAUUAGCAUAAUUAUGUAAUUAGCAUAAUUAUCUUCUAAUUGGUCUUUGCUCUGCAGAGAAUGAUGAUGUCACUACGAAUAUUUCACCUCUGUCUUUAAAAGUUUCAUCAGACACACAGAGUUUGGGACAGUGAUCUAUUCAAAGAUCUAGUGUAUUCAAACAGAUCAAGUGAUUGAUCAGGAAAUCAGAGUAAUUUGAAUAUUGUUCUCUCAGCAUGCAAACAUAUAUAAUAGGUAAAUUAUAUUUUAAGUCGGUAAUUUUAAUAAUUCAAACUUAUUAUUAGUAGUUUAUUGUUGAUUGUAAUUUAAAAUUGGUUCAUUUCCAUUGCUGAUUUAGCUCAUUUGUCUUGUGUUUUUUUAAAUUUGUUUUUUUAAACACUGUUGACGAUAGUAACUUUAUUUGAUAUGGAACACUGCUUGGCAUUCACUUUAUUUGUAUUUUACUGUUUAGUUUGUAAGGUAUUCUCACAAAAUAAAAAUUCUUAUCCUACAGAGCACAAUUUAUUAUAUAAUGCUGGUAUUUGUCUUUUCUGUACUUUUUUUUUACUAUUGUAUUACCUUUGAGUUUAGUGCCCUCUAGUUAGUUGUUAGUUUCACCUGUAGGUGGCGCUCAUCCAAUAACAUUAAAACAUGCAUGAAAAGGUAUAUUUUUUAAUUUCGCUACUCAUUCAUAUUUUAACUGUAAAAAAAUGAAAAAAAUCAGUAAAGUUUUUAUAAACAUU